GUAUUAAUAGUCAAACCCUCCAGAAACCAAAACAAAACCAUUUUUGUAGGAACGAAACGGGCGCCGAGAGAUCUCCACACUGAAAAUGGAGUUCUUGGACGAGGACGCCAGGCCCAAGUUCCUCUUCAAGGCACGCCCACAAGCCGCUCCUUCGGCGACAGAACCAGAAACCUACCCCACCAAUAAGCUCCGCAACCCAAUCGUCCUUCUCACAAUUUCGCUUUCGUUCCUUCUCCUUCUCCUCUCUAUCUUCUUCCUCCAAUCCGAACCCUUUAAAUCUCUUCUCUUAUGGGUCUCGCUCUCCUUCGUUUUAGGCCCCUUCGCCCCCGCUUCCAUCACAGGCGGUGACGUUAGCGUCGGUCAAGGCCCGGUUCUCGAUCUCCCAGACGAGUCAUCCCAAUCUGACGAGGAAACUAAGAGGAGGGUUUCUCAGAAGAGGUCUAAAGUUCGCCGAUCUGAGGAAGUUGCGGUCGAUUCAGUUCCCGAGGUUGCAAACGUAAAUGGGUCUGUGAGAGAACGGAAGAACAAGAAGAACGAAGAUAAUGGAGUUGUCGUUUCGGGGGGAGAAGAGAAGGAGUGGGGCGAGGAGGAAAUUGAGGUUCUGAAAAAGCAGCUUUUGAAGAAUCCGGUGGGGAAGCCGAGGCGAUGGGAGGUGAUUGCUGAGGCGUUCUCGGGUCGGCAUAAGGUGGAGAGUGUGAUCAAGAAGGCCAAGGAGUUGGGGGAGAAGAAAUCGAACGAUGCCGAUUCGUAUUCGGAUUUCCUGAAGAAGAGGAAUAAGACGGCGGAUCAGAGAAUUGAGCUCGGCUCAGCAAAUGAAGGAGGAUCUAACGGAGGUGAUUUAAUGGAGGAAAAUGGAGUAGUGAGCUGGUCUAGUGGAGAAGACAUUGCUUUGCUUAAUGCUUUGAAGGCUUUUCCUAAGGAGGUUUCGAUGAGGUGGGAGAAAAUUGCUGCUGCUGUUCCUGGAAAAUCCAAGGCAGCUUGUAUGAAGAGAGUUACUGAAUUCAAGAAAGAUUUUAGAAGCUCAAAAGCUUCUUCUGCAGUUGAGAAUUAGAUAGAUGAAGCAGAGAAUCGAACUGGGAUUUUGCUGGAUUUUAAUUUGAGAGUUGAUACGAGGAGGUAAUCCGGGAUUUUGAUUCUUCUCAUUCCUACCAAAUUUUGUUUUUUUGAAACGAAUACUUACAUUGCAUUGAUUAACUCUUCUACUUCGUAAUCGAUCUUUUUUUCCUUUUUUUUUUUUUAAUUUGAUAUUGGAUAUGUGAUGUAGAGUGUACAAGACUACAUGUUCAGUUUAUACUUACACUCAUAGGGUCAUAAUAUUUAUAAUAUAGCAAUUGUAGUUGACAACAAUCACAGGUGAAUGCAUUUUCAAUUCUUCUA